CAUUUCUCAUCGUUUGGAACGCCUGCUCGAUUUUGCAGUUCUCGAGCCUUGAAAAUGGCGCCAGUGGCAUGUGUCAGUAACUUUCUGUAAUUCCAAAGGAACGGAGCACAUAUAGUAAGGGAACAAAAUGCCUUCGGCAAAUGGAGCUGUACCGAGCACAUUUUCAUUCGAGAGUGUGCAAGAUGUGAAUGUCGUAGAGUUCUGUCCAUUUGACAAGGCAGCAGGUCUUAUUGCUUAUGGUGGCGAAAACAGAGUAGCACUGGGCAUGUGUCUUUUCCAAGAGGAGGCCCAAGACAGUCACCUUCCUCUUCUGCAGUUUAAACAUAUCACAGAUUUUCAUCAUGGAACAAGUGUUCUGUCUAUUGCCUGGUCUCCUAAAACAAACAUUCAACACUUACCUUAUUCUUUCCAGUUCUGUACAGCAGGAGAAGAUAGGAAGCUUCGUUAUUUCAUUUCUGAUGGCAGGGAUUCAUCAACAGUGACCACUUUAGAAGGACAUCUAAGUUACAUUAAUGAUUGUGUUAUUGAACCAGUAACUGGCCUCAAUGUGGCUAGUGUCAGUGAUGAUCAUACUUGUCGGCUGUGGGAUCUGGAGACUGGAGCACAAAAGACAUCCAUUCCUCUUGGGUCAGCUGGAAUGAGUGUUAAAUGGAAUCCUGUUGAACCAAACAAGCUGAUGGUGGCUGAAAAGAAUGGAAUAAUAAGAUUUUAUGACUUGGUGAGCCAGCAGCCCAUCAUGUCUCUCAGCACUGAGCAGCUUCCUCUCAUCUCAGCUGAUUGGUGUAAGGCCAAUGCUCUGAAAGUUGGUGCAGUAGCCAGGGAUGACUGGCUUAUCUGGGAUAUGUCAAAGUCAAGUCUACCAGAAGUUGCAGAACAGGCUCAUUUAAAAGGAGUAUGCAAAUUUAGAUGGUCACAUGUGCAUGAGAAUCUGUUUGCUACCACUGGUCGUCCUGGUAACCACAUCAAUGUUUAUCACAUGGGGCACCACAAGAUCCCUGUGUCAUGCCAGAUGCCGACUGGAGGAGGACUUUCAUGGCACCCUUUUUUACCUGUAUGUGCCUCAGCUGGAGGGAACAAGGUGCAUUUAUGGUUCUUAGAAGUAUAAUGAUCAAAAUAGAACUGACAGAAGUAAUGAAGGUGAAUAAUUACUUUCUCCUCACACCACAGAUGGAAUAGAGAUGUGACAUGAACUCCAAAACAACCUUAAAAACAUUUAUGUACAUAGAGUGUAGCAUAUUUGUUUUUCAAUAAAAAUAAAGAAGGAGAGUUAACUGUGUUUAACAAUAGCCUGCUGUUAUUUCAUUUUUUUAAAAAAGUGUAAGGGAUUUAAUCUAGUCCUUAGUCUGAGGGAAUCAACUUUAAUACAUAGUCUUAUUUCAACAUCAUUCAAGUUCAUUUUGGUAAAAACGUGUAAGAGAUUUAAUCCAGUCCAUAGUCUGAGAGAAUCCACUUUAAUACAUAGUCUUAUUUCAACAUCAUUGAAGAUAAGCAUGUGAGAGCAUUAACAGAGCAUGGAAAAACUUGAAAGUCAUGGAAUUACAAGACAACUGUCUAGGUCUGGCUGGAAUGAAUGAAAUUAGCAACAAUCAAUGUAACAUGAAGAUAUUAUUCUUACGUUAUACUUUGAAAUCAACAUCUCAGACAAAUGUCAUGUGAGAACUUUAUAAAUGUCUUACAAGAAAGUGUCAUCAAUUGUCAUGGGAGUCCAUAAGUUUGAAACAGUAUGAACCCUGAAAUUAUAAAAUACACUGUGGCAUAAUGUACAUUAACACAGAAGUUGAUUUAUUGGGUUUUAGUAUGGCAUCUGUGUAGUUGCUAACAACAGAUACAUGAAGCCAGAAAAAAUUAAAACAUGAAUUCAAACUCUGUUGAUCAGCAUAACGUUUGUAAAUGUACAUGUAAAUCUUUAACCCUCGACUCCUUACAUCAGUAUACAAGUUCUCCAUACUGUUUUGUAUUUAUUUCCUAUGUUACUUACAAGGAGAAUUUGUCUACCCAUCAAUCAUGACCUUUAUUUUUAAUUCAGGGGUGAUACUUUUGGGAGAAAUUAGAUGCUUAUCACUCUAAGGUGUUAAAGGGUUAGAAAAAGGAACUGCUCUCCACUCACUGGCCUCUGAAGAUUUUCAUACUAGUUACAGUGACAUGCUAUCCAUUAAAUGGCUCUAGAUAUGAUUAACAUACCUGGACAAAUCAUGCAAACUGAAGCGAUGCAAAUACAAGUAACUUUUAGUUAUAAAUAACUACAGUAUGUGAAGAUAAAAAUGAACCAUAACAUAUGGUAUUACACUGACCAUUUGCUUGAAAGUGCAAGAAACUAAUAUCUUUAAAUAGAAAUUCAGUCUAAAAAGUAUAAGCAUUUAUUCAAGGAAAAUUUUGCUGCACUUUGGAAUAGCUAAGCAAUGGCUCAUGGAAAACAAACCAAUCUAUUUGAAAGAAAUUAA